AUGUCACCGCUACAAAGCUUGCUUCUAUUUCUCUCCAUACUCGUGCUCUUUUCACUUGCAGUAAGUGAACAGAAUGGAGAUUUUCAAACCCUAAACACAAAAUUCAAUCCUAGAAUCCCAUUACCACCACUCAGAACCCUAUCUUCUUCAAAACGUUUUGAAGGAUCUUCCGAUCUAGUUAAACUCAAGUACCACAUGGGACCAGUUCUCUCUUCUCCGAUCAAUAUCUACCUAAUCUGGUACGGAAAUUGGGCUAGGCCUCACAAACAGCUUAUCAAAGACUUUCUACUUUCAAUCUCCGACACCACCGCACCUCACCCCUCUGUUUCCGACUGGUGGCGCACCGUUUCGCUUUACACAGACCAAACCGGAGCAAAUAUCUCCAGCUCAGUCUCCAUCGCCGGAGAAUACGCCGAUCAGCGCUACUCCAACGGGAAGCAUCUCACGCGACUGUCAAUCCAGGACGUGAUUGCAACGGCAGUGCGAUCCAAACCUUUCCCGGUGGAUCACCGGAAAGGAAUCUACCUAGUGUUAACGGCGGAAGAUGUCACGAUGGACGAAUACUGCCGCGCGGUGUGCGGUUUCCACUACUUCACCUUUCCAUCAAAAGUAGGUUACACGCUACCCUACGCUUGGGUAGGAAACUCCGGAACACAGUGCCCCGAAGUUUGCGCGUAUCCAUUCGCGGUGCCAGAGUACAUGGCUGGAGGUGGACCGGGGAAACUCUCACCACCGAACGGCAACAUCGGAGUUGACGGAAUGGUGAGCGUGAUCGCUCACGAACUAGCGGAACUCUCAUCGAAUCCGUUGGUGAACGCGUGGUACGCCGGUGAGGAUCCAACCGCGCCGACGGAGAUCGGCGAUUUAUGUGAAGGUUUGUACGGUACCGGCGGUGGUGGCGGUUACAUUGGGGAAGUGAUGAAGGAUAAAGUUGGAAGAACGUUUAAUCUUAAUGGGCUUAGGAAUAGAAAGUUUUUGGUCCAAUGGGUUUGGAGCCCUAUUUUGAAUGCGUGUGCGGGUCCCAACGCUAUUGAUUUGAAUUGA